AGGUAUUCUACAUACAUACUAAGAUAGUACUAGUUAGUACUUAGUGUACUCACUAUUCAGUAGUAUCGAAAGUUUGGAUUAAUUCAUGUUUCCCCAUCUCCUCUUAUUCUGAAUUCUUCACCCACCCCCUAAAUUACUUUGCUCACACAUCAUUCUCGCCCUCAUCCCCCGGCGAUGAUAGCAUUCCAUCAUCCCACCUUUCUCCAUCAGUUGUAGACAUGAGAACUCCCUUCUCCCUUCUGCUAGCUGCUGGCCUUACGGCAGCAGCUCCUCAGCAAUCACCGUUGUUGCUCACCUCUGACUCCUUGGACAUCAUCAAUGCCUCGCCGUUCCUCUCCUUCCACCGCAACCUUGUUCAAAUCCCCUCCGUCUCAGGCAACGAAACCGCUGUUGGGAAUUUCCUGGUCGAGUUUCUCAAAUCGCACAAUUUCACAGUAAUCAGGCAGCCUGUUCCCACCGGCAAUCAGGCCACGGAUCCGACCCUCGACACGAACCGCUUUAACAUCUUCGCGUACCCGUCUGCCUCGCCCUCGCAGGAUCGGCCAGAGAUUCUCCUCACCAGCCACAUCGAUACCGUGCCCCCCUAUAUUCCCUACACCGUUCACGACCGCAGCGGGGGCGAUCGUUCCUCCUUGCUCCUGGCCGGCCGCGGGACCGUCGACGCUAAAGCCAGCGUGGCAGCCCAGGUCUUCGCCGUCCUCGACACCCUCAGCGAGCAUCCGGAGACCAGUCUUGGUCUGCUCUUUGUCGUCGACGAAGAAGUUGGCGGGCUGGGCAUGCGCGUCUUCUCGGAUUCGCCGCUCAAUUCGAGCCCCUCGCCCUUCCACACCGUCAUCUUCGGCGAACCCACCGAACUUGCCCUCGUCUCGGGCCACAAGGGCAUGCUCGAGUUCUCGCUCGCGGCGACGGGUCAGGCCGCCCACUCCGGCUACCCAUGGCUCGGCCGCAGUGCCGUGUCCGCCCUCCUGCCCGCCCUCUCUCGCUUGGAUCUGCUGGGGGAUAUCCCCGCAGAAGACGGUGGCCUGCCGGCUAGCCCCAAGUACGGCCGGACGACGGUAAACAUUGGUCGCGUAGAUGCGGGCGUGGCUGCCAAUGUCGUCCCAGCUGGGGCGCGCGCAGACGUGGCCAUCCGACUAGCCGAGGGGACGCCGGAUGAAGCCAGAGGGAUUGUCGCGCAAGCGGUCAAAGACGCCACAAAUGGGAAUCAAAAUGUGUACUGCGACUUCGAAGUCUACAGCGGAGGGUAUCCGCCUCAGGACCUGGAUACCGAUGUCCCUGGAUUCGAGAUCAUGACGGUCAAUUACGGCACGGAUGUGCCGAAUCUGAAGGUCUCGGAGAAGGUGAAGCGGUACCUCUAUGGUCCGGGAAGUAUCCAUGUUGCGCACGGUGAUGAUGAGGCAAUUACCGUCGGGCAACUUGAAGAAGCCGUGCGGGGUUAUAAGCGGUUGAUUGAUGCUGCUGUCCGGCGGAGCAAGUUGGAGUGAGUAGCAAGUUAAAAGGGUGUUACGAAGGUUGAUUAGCUAUCUUAGGUACAUGGACGUACGUAAGGCUUGUGAGUCGAGGCCAGAAGACAAUGAUACAAGCCGCCCGAAGGUGAAGAUUUCUUUUGAAUAUCCUGAGUAUAUAGAGUUGCGAAGCACAUUACCACAACAGAUAGAAAAAUUACAUUUGAGCCAGAUGCUCCAUGGUCUGGCUCUCCGCCGUGCGACUCUGCCUUGUCCACCCCGUCUUCAACUCCCCGGUGGGUUUG